AUGAUCUCCGACGGCGACCUCUACCGUCUCGCCAUCUUCCUUGGCUCUUGCGCCAUGAUGAUGAUUGUGCUUUACCACUUCCUCGAUGUCAAUGCUUCCGACGAGGAGACCACUGAUACCCUCGCCGCGAAAUCCUCCAAGUCCGUCGAGUCUACACCAGUGUCAUCGCUCGGGGCGACGGGCGGGUCGGCCGCAGAGCCAGGGAAAGCAAAAUGA